GAGAGAGAGAGAGAGAGAGAAAGAGAGAGAGAGAGAGAGGAUGGGAAAAGAAGGAUAUGCACCUCUCUUCGAAACUCAGGAAGCAAAAGGUAGGAUUGCAUUUAAGAUUUAUGCAAUUUCGGUAUUUGUAGGCGUUUGUAUGACUUGGAUGUACAGAGCAACUCAUGUUCCAAAAGAAGGGUUGAGAUGGGCAUGGUUUGGCAUAUUUGGAGCUGAGAUUUGGUUUGGAAUCUAUUGGAUUUUCACUCAAUCAGUACGUUUGAGGCCUACCUAUCGUUCUACCUUCAAAGAAAGGCUCUCUAGCAGAUACGAAGAUGAAUUGCCGAGGGUGGAUAUUUUCGUGUGCACCGCGGACCCUAUAAUAGAACCACCCACACUCGUGAUCAACACCGUUCUUUCAGUCAUGGCCUACGAUUACCCACCGGAGAAGCUGAGCGUCUACCUCUCCGAUGAUGGUGGGUCAGAUCUGACAUUCCACGCUCUACUAGAGGCGUCCCGCUUUGCGAAGCAUUGGAUCCCAUUUUGCAGGAAAUUCAAGGUGGACUCAACAUCACCGGCCGUCUAUUUUGGCACAACAUCUGAGCCGCAUGAUCCUGAGCACGCCAACGAAUGGCUGUCAACCAAGAAAUUGUACGAAGAAAUGGCGAAUCGGAUCAACACUGCAGCUAAGUUGGGCCGCAUCCCAGGAGAAAUCCGAGCCGAGCACAAAGGUUUUGCUGAGUGGCAAUCGGUAGUAAAUUCUCGCAACCAUCAAGCCAUUGUUCAGAUAUUAAUUGAUGGGAGGGACCCGAAUGCUGUGGAUACUGAAGGAUCGACAUUGCCAACACUCGUGUACAUGGCACGUGAGAAGAGACCUCAACAUCCCCACAACUUCAAAGCUGGUGCUUUGAAUGCAUUGAUACGGGUGUCGUCGAUCAUAAGCAAUGGGCCAAUCAUCCUGACCGUAGACUGCGACAUGUACUCAAACAAUGCGGGAACGGUGAGAGAUAUAUUGUGUUUUUUCAUGGAUGAAGAGAAGGGUCAUGAAAUCGCUUACGUACAAUUCCCUCAAUGCUUUGAUAAUCUCACUAAGAAUGAUAUUUAUAGUAAUUCCCUCACGACACUUUUCGAGGUGGAAUACCACGGUGUUGAUGGAUAUGGAGGGCCAUUGUACAUUGGGACAGGAUGUUUUUUUAGGAGGGAGAGUCUAUGUGGGAAGAAGUAUAGUGAGGAAUACAAGGAGGAAUGGAAAGAAGGAAUGGAAGGGGGAGGAAAGGGAAGUGCAAUGGAGUUGGAAGAUAGAGCCAAAGGUCUUGCAAGCUGCACUUGUGAAGAGAAUACUCAGUGGGGAAAAGAGAUGGGAUUGAAAUAUGGGUGUCCAGUGGAGGAUGUGAUAACAGGCUUGGCAAUUCAAUGUAGGGGGUGGAAAUCUAUAUAUCUCAACCCAACAAGGAAAGCAUUCUUGGGUGUUGCACCUACAACCUUAUUACAAUCAUUGGUGCAAAAUAAGAGAUGGGGAGAAGGACACCUUCAAAUAUUACUCACAAAGCAUUGUUCAUUCAUACAAGGGCAUGGCAAGAUAAAGCUAGGACUUCAAAUGAGCUAUGCUACUUACAAUGCAUGGGCUCUCAAUGCCGUCCCAACACUAUGUUAUGUUGUGGUCCCAUCCCUUGCCCUUCUCAAUGGCAUGUCCUUAUUCCCAAAGAUCUCAAGCCCAUGGUUCAUAGCCUUUGCAUAUGUGACCGUCGCAAAGCACGCAUACAGCCUAGGUGAGGGGCUAUGGUUGGGAGAUACAGUCGAGUCAUGGUGGAACCAACAACGAAUUUGGCUCUACAGAAGGACGUCGGCAUUCCUCUUUGCCAACAUCGAUGUCGCACUCCGGUUAUCCGGGCUUGCCAAAUCAGCAUUUUCGAUCACAGCGAAGUCAACCGACGAUGAGGUGGCCGAGAGGUAUGAACAGGAGAUCAUGGAGUUUGGGUCCACUUCUCCCAUGUUCACUAUCCUAGCGACGUUGGCGAUGUUGAACCUCUUCUGUCUAAUUGGUGGAAUCAAGAGGGUAGCCAUGGGUGAUGAAGUGGGAGAUACAGAGGCAUUGGUGUUGCAGUUUGUUCUAUGCGGGGUGUUGGUCAUCAUCAACUGGCCUAUCUAUCAAGGGCUCUUCUUGCGCAAGGACAUGGGCCGCCUGCCUACCUCAGUUGCAUUUACAUCUAUUGGUUUAGCUAUGCUGGCUUGUCUAAUACCCAUGCAUUAGAGCAUGGGUCACAUAUAUAACAUUCAGGAUUAUUUUGAUGCAGACAUCAAAACCAUAGUUUUCAAGUCGAACCCAUUAAUCAAAUAUUUCAUUUUUAUGGACCGGAAUCGUCUACACGACUUGUUUUAUGCA